AUGACCACUCAUCUCUGGUUCCAGCUUUCUAGUGAUGCUAUUUUGCCGUCGGCCCUGCCGGUGAUCGGUGCCUCCCUUCUAGAGCUGAAGGACCUGAACAGCUCCAUGACAACUCCUGAGAUGGCCAGAGAGAUGGAGGAGCUGAGGAAGGACUGUGCGAGUUACACGGAGAAGCUGGAGAGGAUUAAGUCUGCCACCAACCACGUGACGCCGGAAGAAAAAGAGAGGGUCUGUAGCCAGCAGAAGCUGUACUGCAAGGAGUGGCGGAGGAGGAAGCGAAUGGCGACCGAGCUGCUGGAGGCCAUCCUGGAGGGGUACCCCAAAAGCAAGAAGCAAUUCUUCGAGGAGGUUGGGAUAGAGACGGACGAGGACCAUAACGUCACGCUGCCAGCGGCUCUGUGAGGCGCUGAGGGAGUCUUUGCCCCAGGGAGGAGAAGGAGCUGAUGCUGAGACUCAGCUGUUGGGUUGUUUUGGGUUUUUUUUUUUUCCUCUUUUGCAGGGCUUGGGCUGGUCCUGCACAUUUAUAUGCGUUUGUUUUAAAAUGCUUUGCAGCUGGAGGGGUGCUUGGAGCCAGUGGCUCCAUUCCCUCUCAGUCUCACUCGCAGAGGGAAUGUUAUUUCUUCCUGCCCUUCAGUGCGGCGAGCUGUUGAGGUCAGGUGUCCUCAUGGGGCGGUGCAGGGGAAGGUGUCAGUACGGGUGUAUCAUCUCAGCUGCUUCCCACAGCAUGACUCAGUGGUACACAAGAAUAUGAUCCAUUAAACACCCGGCUUUUGGUUCAGCUGUGCUUUGCUGUGGCGUUUUUCUCUGUUCAAAGGGUGUCAGGGCAGGGUUUGGGCACUGGGUCGCAGCAGCCCUGAGGGGUGGGGAAGGCAAGAGCCAGGAGAGGGUAACCUGCGCCACAACAGCUGAGCGGGGCUGGGCUCCCAGAAACUCUCUCUCCGUCUCUGACCAGCUCUAGGGGAAGACUCCAGGAACUCAGCAACAGAAAUAAAAGCAGAAAAAACAUUAAAACAUUCAGCAAAAUUUAUUUAAUUACUUUUCACAAUAGAAAAAUACGUCGCUUUCACAUGUGAGGUCUGUAAAACUCCACGUCCUCCUAAGGCAGGAGGCAGCUUCUGGCAGAGCAUCUCCAGGGGUUCAGUCUGUGCCCCUUGUUCAGCCGCAGAGCCCUAACCCUAACCCGCUCACCCACGAGAGAGGAUUUUCUUCAUCCCGGAGCAAGAUUGUCCAGGAGAGGCACAGCUGACCCUGCGCGUGCUUGAUCAGUGACGUGCAUCACCGCGGGGUUUGACUCUGGGGCUUCCGUUGCAUUGGAAAGGGCACCCAAAGGCAGGGUUUGAAGAAUAAUUCUGUAUAAAAAUCUCACACACGCACCCCCCCCGACUGGGUUCUCCACUACUAAAUGGGGGUAGAACCAGUAGCUUAAACAUUCUCACGCUGCAGCGUUCAAACCAUGGAACCUGGAACUGAGUGUAAAAUAAAUAUCCGCUACCCCUGGAGCGGGAGCACGAAGGCGAUUACAGAGAACAAAUCCUGCUGCUGGCGUCGCCACGCUGGAGGAGCCCCAGUACAAUCGCUCUGUGUGGUGAACAACUGUCGCUUGGGCAGCGGCUGCACCACGCCACGAAGCGUUUGUGUUGGCCAGAGCCAUGACCCACACUGACAGCAGCAGCAGCAUGUGACAGGUUAAAGAAGUGUCCCAGAGAGCACCCGUCUGCAAAGCUGACACUGAUAAUACUUCAAGAUGAUUUCAGUGAUUUAUAAAAACAAAAAAAUAAAAUCAAAUCAGGGCUGGUUAUGUCUAUGUAUGGAUCUAUAUAAACAUUCUAAGGAGGAGCAGCGAGCGCCCGUGCAGCACUGUGCUACAGCUACUGAACUACUUCCCUGCUCAGUACAGCCACACCAAAACCCGAAGACAGAUGAAGCCAGACACGUUUCCGCACUCGCUCAGGAAAAGCCUGCACAGAAAGCCCACUCCCGUCUCCCUGUCGGGGAACUAUGGCUGCAGGGGA